AUGUUUUCUCUCAGCUUGAAAAUUCCUCAAGUUUCCGUCUCGUCCUUUCUGGACCAGCUCUGUCCUCAAUUGUGCGAAGGGCUCAAUGUCGAUGAAAUCAUCGGGAAGUUGAAAGAGGGCGAAAACGCAUCUAUGACGGGAGGUGGCACAUGGCGAGACUUCUUUCAGGACACUGAAGACCAGGACGCUGCUAUGAACUCGCUUGGACGUCUGUUUAAUGCCAUCAUGGACGCAAGCGGACUGUCGAAUCGACCAUUUCUUACUUUCCAGCAGGACAAUGAAAUAUUCUACGCUAGCAAUUAUGCGUCGUUGUUGCGUCCCAAUGCUUACUUUGCCUGGAGAAAUGGUGCAAGAGUAGACUCUCACAGCUACUGGAUCGGAAUUGGCCUUCCUGUUGUUUUCAAUAUGUACGAUCAGGAUGACAGUGACUGCAUACGCAGAAUGUUAUGGAGCUUGUUUCACUGCAUUCAUCAAGAUUCUAGUCGAAAGUUUGCAUAUGGAAUAGCUUUUGACCACACAGACAUGAGAAUCUGGUUCGCAUCACGCUCAGAUAUCUUAGUCACCAAAUCAUUUGAUUUGUUGCAAGAUCAUAGUGUAUUCGUUCGAGUGAUGUUGGCGUUCGCGUAUGCGCAACCCUAUGAGCUUGGCUGGGACUUCACGGUACUUCCUGACCUCUAUAGCGAUUGUGCAUUGAUGCGCGGGUGUGGCAAUUUGCAUGGUUUUCCUAUAAUUACGUUAUUGGUCGCGAAAGAUGGUGAUCAGGCUAACCAUCGAUACCAGAAGACGCGGACUCUUGCUAACAUUGGGCAGCAUCUUAUGAAUACCUAUGCUUGGGAGUCGCAAGAUUCAGAUGUUAAACAUCAGUGUCUAGGCUCGGCCAUACUCCUUAAGGGGCGCCAUGCUCAGCGCACCAGGAAUUCAAAGUGGGAAGGAGGCCUGAUGCAAAAAGCCCGCAACGUAUCAACCGAUCCAGUUCUGCAUACGCUUCUUGAUCAGCAUAUAACGGCCACGAUAUAUCAAGGGCGCCUGUCUAUCCAUGAGGAAGUUGACGACACCCCGCUCUUGAAGGACAAAUUCGACAACAUGCGCUCUUUGUCCGUUUGCGCUCCUUCUGCAUUCCAAGAAUCUAGGGCUCAUCAGCGAAUCGUGAUGGAGCCCAACUGGAAGCCGCUCGACUCCAGCAAUUCAUUGACGCACAUAUUUGCAGGACUCGCAAAAGCAGCUCAUUUGUUGACUGUCUUGCACUCGUUUGAUCGCCUCCACGGAGAUGUUUGUCCGGCAAAUAUUUUGCUGCAUGAUGACGAUGCUGUACUACUGGACUGGGAGAAAUCAAGGGUGACUCGAGCCUUGAAGGAAGAGUUCGGCCUCCUGUGA